AUGCUCGUCUUCACUCAUCCGCUGUUCUUCUAUGACCUGGAAAAACCAGCAGAAAUCAACAACUUCUUACCGGAAGGUACUCACUUUUGGAAUAAUGACUGGGUCAGCGCCUUUUCAGCAGUGCGGCAUACCAAUGGACUGAUCUACGUUACCACCAAUCUCAACAGCCUGUAUGAGAUCGAUACUAGCGAACGAAAUGUUCGACCACUGUCGAGAUUUUCCACUUGGGCCUUCUGUAGACUGGUCAGCUAUGAAAACGAGUUGCUUUGCUUUGGUAGCCGGUUGACGGUAGUGGACCCUGCCACCGGGUCAAGUAAGCCUUGGAUUGAAGAAGAAGGCCUCUUCGACAGUUACUGGAGUAGAACCCGGGCAGCUGUGGUUCAUUUGUCCAAGAUCUACGUAGCGACACAAACUAAUUCUCUCUACUGCAUUGGCAGAGAUAAAAAUCCAACUCUGAUAGAAUCGAAAACUGAUUGGUCGACGUGUUCAGCGUUGCUGAGCGCAAAUGAUACACUGUACGCCACACUUGGUUCUGGGUUAUUUGCUAUAGACACCACGACUGGCGACGCUACUUUAAUAGCAGAAGUCAAGAGCCAAAUCAAAUGUGGCACAGUUGGUGCUGAUGGAUGCCUUUACGUUGUCACAAAGGAUGGUUACUUGUACAAGUUAGAGUCAGACAAGCUUGUUGACAUGCUUCAAAAAACUCCAUUAGGUGUGGCGUCGACCAUGGCUUGA